AUGCGGCGUCCAGGGAGGUACGUAUUUGAGGUGGAGUGCACACAUGUGGAUCUCAUGUGGGAAGGAACGGGGGUUGACUGCCCAACCGUCGCUCCUUUUCUGGAGAGUGUGCUCUUCCUUUUUCCGUUGCCCCUUUUGUGCCAGGGGAUGGAGGGAUUGGGCAGCACCGUCCCACGAAAGGUCUUGCACACGUACACACUCUCAUGCCACUGUUGCCCAGAAGUGGGGUGCAAAUCGAAAUCCAGCUGUUUUUUUUUUGUGUUGGCGCAAUUACUUGUUUAUUUAUUAUUAACUGACAACAUUCUGUCCGGCGUGCUGCUUCGAUUGGAUUGUGUGGGAUUGCUCUCUAGCGCCAUCGGACAAAACAGGCUGACGACUUUUUUCUGCUCGUACCAGUCGUAG